GCUAUAGAAACAUUCAACGCCGAUGUAUAGUUGCUUCCUUGGUAACUGUGUACACUCAUUCAUUCCACGUCUUCUGCAGAGACGGAGUUUAUCCAGAUAUAAUCGCUAGACGCGAAGAAAAUAUACAAAAAUGGCUUUAACGGACCCAAAACUUCCUCCACGCUUUGCAGUUUCCGACUGGCACACGUCAAACACGGUUAUAAGAACAAACGCUGAAAGACAACGCGAUGCUUCGCAUCGUGUUCGACAAGAAAGCCGCUUUUUGAGGAACGAGACAGAUAACCACACUCGUUGGACUCAACACGACAGCAACACGAAGCUUGAAAAGAGGAUACAUGACAUAAAUAACUGGAAGAAGAGCUUAGAAAGAUGUCUUGCCGAGACAGACGCCGAGAUCGCUCUGCUGCAGCAAGAAAAAGAACGCACUGAACGAGCGCUGGAAGCAAAGAAGGUUCCCCUUGAUAUCACCCUAGAAUGUCUUAUGCUAAGAGAAAACCGGCAAAAUAUUGAUCUUGUUCGAGAUGAGGUUGAAGCUCAGCUUCACAAGGUGAGAAAGACUGAAAAAUCAUUUUUUGUUUGUUUGAAAUCGUUAGUCUCAAGGUAUGUACAAUGUUAUGAAUCACGAUGUUUACUAAUUUUUUGUGUAAAUGUAAACAUUUCUAGAACAAAGACUUUUAUGACCUUCUGCUUCACUGGACGUUAAAAGUAAUUUAUAACGUCCCGCGAGAAGCUGUGUUGAGCAAUUUGAGUGCAAUUGCCAUCAUGAAAAAAUUCUAGCCCAAAACAUUUCAGUGUGUCUACCAUUUCAUAAAAUUUAUGUCGGUGCUAUGACCGGUAACUCAAUCUAGCGAAUAUUAUAGAGAAAACCUGUGUAAUUAUUGUCAUAAAUGAAUUCGUUUUAUUUCAGGAAGUGGAAGUAAUUGAAGGAGCAAAAGCUCUUCUACAACAGAAAGUCAAUGAAGCUGACGAACAGUUAUGGUAAGUUUGAUAAUAAUAAUAAGAAGAAUAAAGGAAACAAGUUCUUAAUAUUGAGUGAGAUAAAAAGGGCGGAAAUGUUGAAAGCUGUCAUAAAAGAUAACUCUUAUUCUUUUUUACUUGACUCAGUUUUCCUUAUUUUCUUCUGGCAAAUUGCUUUUGCAGGGCAGACGUAAAUUGCCUUUCUUAUGAAAGUUCCCUGGGGUGAGAGGGGGGUGCUCAAAAACGUUUUAUAUGGAGAGGCUCUGCUCCGAGGUCCAACCCCCUACCCUUUGCCACAUUUAUACCAUUUUAUAUACUAUUUUUGACAGAAAUGGUACCCCUUUCAUAUACCCUGUAUAACAAAUUGAUGGUACCCAUUUAGAACUUUGCAUCUCUUUAACUGCUGUUAGCGCAGUUUUAAAAUAAAUAAAUCGCAAAACCAGAAUGAUUUCUCAACUUUUUCACAGCCAUAAAGUGGAUCUGUUAGCUGAUUUCCCUUAACCUUUUCAUAUACUUUACACAGUGAAAUUACUGCCCCUAAUUCAUAGACCUGAAGCCUGAAAAAGGUACCCCCUUUGGACAAAGCCUCCCUGUAUAAGCAAUUAUAUGGAGUACCCCCCCCCCCAAACAACAUGGGACUUCCCUAUUUCAAUACCUGAUUCACCCUCUGUAUUGUUGUCUCUUCAUACAAUGUCUAUCUUAAAAAUUAUCUGGAGGUGCACAAUGCCCCACUACCCCACAAUGCAAUGAUAUAAGACAACUGCAGGGGGACAAAUCAGGUACAACCCACCCUUGUUUCCCCGGUACUUAGCUGCACAUCACAUUAACCAGAAGAAAACAGGGGCAAAACAUUAUUUGACUGCAAUAUAAACACUUAAAUAUACCAAAUUCUGGCAAGCCAUACUGUUUUAAUAAAGAAAUCCUUGCAAUCCAGUGCAAAUCUUUACUCAGCAUAUUUCAUGAACUAGCUGAGCGAAAAGUCAAUAAAGAGGAACACAUUUUUCUUUUUCUUUUGAAGUCUCCUUCAAGAAGCACAUCAUCAGCUUCAUCUUGACAUCACAGACAAGCAUACAACUCUUGAGCUUGAUGGUGAAUGCUAUCACCUAAACAACAACUCAGCAAACAUUGGCUUUCAAGUGAAUCCCACACGUACUGUCAAAGGAAGCGUCACCCCAGAGACCUGGGAUUCCUUUUCUAAUUACAACAAGUUACGUGCUGAGGCAGAGAUGAAAGCUUCUAAGCAUCUUAGAGAGGCAAUUUUUGCCACUCUACAACAGACAGCCAAUGAUCUUGAAGCUCAGCGACAGGCUUCCGAAUACGCAUUCCGCAAAAGGAUUCAUGAAACCAAUCAGGCUAGGUCAGAGCUGGAGUGGCAGCAAAAAAAUGUAAGUGUCAGAUACGAUAUAACAAUUACCAAUAUUUAUUUUUAUUUGGUUGCAUGGGUCUGUGAAUUGGCAAGAUGAGGCAAAUUCUGUGUUUUAAUUGGCCGCCCAAGCAGCUCAGAAUUAUCGUAACACCAUCCUCAAAACUAUCCAAAGUAACACAUUAUUUGAAAGUAUUUAUAAAUAUCUUUUUGAAUUGAUUAUAAUAAUUAUAAUAAUUCUAGACCAAAAAGCUAUUUAUAAAUACUUUCAAAUUAAUAAUUAUUAUUGGCAUACUUCGCAAAAAGGACCUGGACUUUGAAUUUGUCUCAGUCAAUAAUUCUACAUGGUACUAUUAAAUUUUUGUUUUUCAUAACUCUACAGAAUGAAGUUAUGUUUAUUUUCACUUUGGCUACAUUUGGGAUUGCACAAUGUAUGAUGUUAAAUUUGCUCUUCUUUGUAGACCAUGGAAGAAAUUUCAACCCUAGAAAAUGACAUCAAGGGAAUCAAGGAAGCAAUUGAUGCUAAGAAUGCACCAAUGAUGGUAAGUUAUUACAGCAGGGAUUGAGGACAAAGUUUUCCUCCAGUCUGUAACAAGAGAGAAUAAUGGGACCAACAGAGAAACAACCAAUCUAGCCCUUAAUUGGGAUAUGUGAAUUUCACCCACGUUAUUUUUCGACCAAUUGAAAGCUUGAAAUUAAUUAUCCGCAAACUUUUAUCCAGUGUUGUCAAGUAUCAUGCUCUCUUGUGUCGCCAUUACAAGAAUAUUAUGCACUGUUUGCUUUGAGGAAGUCACAUGUAGACUUAUAACAUUUCAAACAAUCGAUGAAAAUAUGCUGACUUUUCAGGAAUUAGACUCCCAUUUAACAUUGCAACCUCUAAAAAUAAUGUCAAUGUAUUUUACAUAUCCCUGCUAAUGCACUAAGAUUCCCUUCCUGCUCCUUUGUUCCUCUCAUGUCUAACUAAUGGCUGUCAUACUGGACACAAGGUAAAAAGUUUUUGUUACAAAUUCAGGUUGCACAAACGCGUCUGGAGAACAGGACUUAUAGACCAAAUGUUGAGUUGUGCCGAGACCAGCCCCAAUACCAGAUGUGCCAUGAAGUGGCUGAAAUAAGUGGCUCUGUCCGAGCACUGAAUGAGAAACUCAGAGAGGCCGAGAAUGCCUUGCAGGCUUUGCGGAGCAACCUGGAAAGGAUUAAUGAGGAUCUGGCUAUCAAGAACAACUCCCUUGCUCUGGACAGCAGAAGCAUGGAAGUUCGGCAGAAGAUGAGGGAAGUUCCUCACAGUAUGAUGAACACGGGAAGAGUAUUCAACACUAUAAAACAUUCAUCUCGUGUUCCCACUAUAGAAAAUGCUCCUUUUACUGAGGCACAACGCACCCAGUCACCUAUGCAGCUUACAUCCCCUCGAGCUACCAACACUUACACUCCACCAAUCACUGGAAGGAAGGUGCAAUCACCACUAGUUGAUUAGGAGUCAGGGCGACAUUUAAUAGUUAUUUAAGAGAGAAAAUGAUUGUGUGCAAAUUAGUACUUGGUGGGAAGCCUCAGAGAAUCUCAACAAAAGCUUGCAACAAAAGAUUUGUUAAGUAGUAAACUUUUAUUAUUUUUUCUCAAUGAUGCCUUUUUACACUAACGAAAAAGUAACAUUUUAAGUUGUUUUUGAGAUUAUAAGGAUAUAAAUAUAAUUUCUUUCUACUUUUAUUUCAACUCUUCCACUGUCAUAUUAUUGAAUGUAAAGCAAGCUCAUUUUAUUUGUAAAUAACUUAAUACUAAUGAUCAAUCAGCUACUAAUAAAA